AUGACUUUUGGGUUCCAGGCGUGCCCGUCUAGCGUGCGUAUAUGGCAUCUCAAGGAACGCGCGGAUGGAGUCGCCUCCAAGGCUCAUCUAUGUGCAUCCUACGACGCCGGUUGUGGCAUGGAAUAUGACAUCGUUUUGGAGGCUGUGAUAGACAAUCAUUUCAAGAAGACCGUUCGGAGCGUGAGGUUCAGCAGUGACGGCAGAUACUUGAUCUGCGCAUCCUUCGACGGCACUGCAACUGUCUGGGGUCGUGAAAAUGAUGACUUGGGAGGUCUCCGUAAAGUAGAGCCCGAAACUGUACAUGAUUCGCUGGCUUCCAACGACUCUUCGGGUCUGCAGACGUGGUCAUGCCUCUGUGUACUUGAGGGGCACGAAAACGAAGUGAAAUGCGCCGCGUUCGACUGCACCUCUACUUACAUCGCAACAUGCGGACGUGACAAAACCGUCUGGAUCCACCAACGCUCUUAUUCCAGCGCAGACAACGAUGCGUAUGAUAUUGCCCGGUUGCCGCAGGGCCCCAGUAAUGGUCCCCUGGAAUUCUAUUGCACAGCCAUAUUGACGGGCCACACGCAAGAUGUUAAGUGCGUUUGUUGGAGCACCAAUGCCCUGUUGUUGGCUAGUUCGUCGUACGACGAGACGGUUCGGCUCUGGGGCCUGAUCCGUCAGGACUGGGUAUGCAUCCAGACUCUAAGCAUGUUUACGUCGACCGUCUGGUCGGUAUCUUUCGACGUGGACGGCAGCCGUCUAGCGGCAGGCGCGGCUGACGGCACGGUGUUCGUCUUCCAAAUUGCGAUCGGUAAACAACCCAAUAUUGAGGAUUGGCUGCUCAGUGCUAUAUUGGCAGUGAAAAGCACACAAAAUUCGUGGACAUCUCGACACAUUUUUUUAGGUACAAAGGCGCGUGAUUACGUGGAGCAGCUGACAGAACUGCAACGGCAGGUCGCCUGCACGGGCGCAAUUUUGAAGCUGGGCCCGAUUGAUGCGACAUUUUCGCACGUAAUGGCUAGGAAGAUGAGCAAGAUCCGUGACCACCAGCUGAAGCACCCGCUCAUUGCAGACGACUGGCAGCCUUGCCACUGCAUAGAAUCCCACCACUCUCGGCCUGUGUACUCCGUGGACUUAAACACUCUGCUGCUGACGGGAGGCGGCGAUAACAUGGUGAAGAUAAUGCAUCCGGGCAACGACGGUGACGGUCGACGCAUAGAGUUUGUUGCGCACAAUUCCGACGUCAACGGUGUGUCGUGGAAGCGCCACGACUCACGUCUACUGUUUGCAACUGUGGGCGACGACGAGUAUAUCAAGGUGUGGAAGUUGGUGGACACAUGA